AUGCGGUCUGCUCUUUGCAUAGUUUUAGUCGCCUUUUCCAGAUUUGCCGCCGCAAUCUGUGACGCCAAUGACGCAUCGCUAUGGCUUCCGAACCCGGGCGAUACGUUUGACAGCGUGCUUAGACCUCUUGGCAUUAGCGCUAAAGAGUUUCGAGAGGAUAACAAAGAUGUAAUAGGAGAUGUUGACCGUAUUGAUUAUGCUAGCACCUACUGCGUCCACUACAUCACGUCACUUUCCAAAAACUACUACACGACCUCCGGCAUCCGCUUUUUCUCCCCGUUUUCAGAUGACUACCAAAAAACCGUUGGAACCACGACUCAGACUCAGACUCAGACUCAGACUCAGACCCGAUCAACCAAGCCAGAACAGUCGCCGACCCAAGCCCAACCUCUCGACAGUUCGAAAGCCCUGCAAGACACACAGAGAAACUCUACAACGGGCGCCAAUCUAACCGCGAUACCAACGGAAACAGAGAGGCCCAAGACGACAACGGAUAGUGCUGCAACAGCUGCUCCGCAACUAUCCGAAAGGAAGUGCUGUGCACAGAGAGAUCGCGAGGUAGACCUCACCAAUGACUUUCAGACUCAAGCAGAAGAAUUCUGUAUCAAUCACGGUAUCUUCAACUUUUAUCCGGGGUAUAUACUAAAGAAUAGAACGGGGAAUAUUAAUGUCAAAGUGGGAGAAGAGGAUUUUAUAUUUUCUAUCGAAUGGGUUGCAGCAUGUGAUAGAUGGCAAUUCCAGAAUGGACUCCAGCCAGCUGCAUACGACAAAACUAUCACGUGUCUGUCAGUGAUGUCUAAAAACUUUUCGAACUGUGGUGACGGAAAGAAGUCAAACGGUGGUUAUAUGGACGUCGGGUGUCUCAGAUACUCCUCUAGAGCCAAGGGCUGGGCCUUAGGUGGUGGAUCCUCGGACUAGGGUGUCUGGAAGCUUACAUUAAUUAAAGAUGACACGUAUUCAUAUAAUCUAUUGUCGUUGUAACUAUCUCCAUUGCAUCCUUCUAUUCGCUAUUACCGGUGAAGAUAAGAAAAGUAUCCUAUCGGCUGCGGCAUGACGUCGGUACAUUGUGUCAGGUGCGCUGGAGGGGCACCGGGGGAGCACCGGCAUAGUACCGGGGGAGUACCGGCUACGGAGUGGGUCAGAGCGGACUAUUGUUAAUCCACCCGCAAAACCAUAAGAAGGCAGAGGCUGCGGAGGAAAUCCUAGAGGAAGAUAGGAUCGAAUGCUAGU